ACCACAUUUCCUGUUUAUAACUGAACAAAGUACACACAAAAGAGUUGAAGAAACAGAGGAGAAAAAAAACCCCUGAGUACUGGUAAAGAUAUAUGUUGGUGCUGUGCUGUUUCUAACAUAACAGAGCAACGGCAUUUAAGGAAAAAAGUUGGUGGGAGAAUUCUUAGCCUACGGAUCUCUUUCAUGGGUGUACCCAGGCUCUUCUGAAAGGGCUAGCAUGUCAGGAAACUCUGGAUGUCCCUUCUUCCUCUGGGGACUUCUAGUCUUCUUGGGCUUGGCUCUGGUUAUAUCGUUGAUCUUCAAUAUUUCCCACUAUGUAGAGAAGCAGCGACAAGAUGAAAUAUACAGAUACUCUGAUGACUGCAUUCCCAGAGUUGAUGAAUAUUAUGUUGAAGAUGCUCCAAUUUAUGGUAACUUAGAAAAUAUAAUCCCAGAACCACUGGAUGAGGACUGCUAUGAACAAAUGAAAGGUCGACCUCAGCGAUCUUCAAAUGAUCCGCAGGAAGUGGCUGCACCUGCACAGGUACCUGAUGAAGCUCAGAUGUGCUAUGCCUCACUGGAUCACAGUGUGAAGGGGAAACGCAGAAGGCCCAGGAAACAGAAUACUAAUUUGUCAGACAGAGGAAAGGUUGCACAAGUCUGUACAAUGGAUGCCAACGUUUCUCAGAUGAAUAUGGUAGAGAGUUUCCCACCAGAUAACCAGGUAGUAGAGGAAAGCAUUCAUGAUGAUCCCGCUAGACUGUUUGGGUUGAUUCGUGCCAAGAGAGAGCCUGUAAUCUAACUGGACCAUCAUCCCUCUCAAUGCUAACACCCUAUGAAAGAUAGUUAAAAUCCCUCGUGUGACACACAGGGACUGGCAGGGUGACGGUCUGCUCAUUUGUCGAUGGGAUGGUUGGUACCUUCUUUUCUCUUCAUGGAUUGCAUCCCUGUGCACUAAAUCUAAUUAAAAUUAGCUAUAUGAAUUCAGUUAAAGAAUAAUCAAAUAGGAAAAGUAGAAUAAUAAAAUCCAGUUUGCAACUUAAAUUACUUGGUAAUAAAAUCAAAAUGAACAGUAAUUCCUAAUAAGGACAAAUUUUAAAAAAUAAAAGUACUUAUGUGCUAUAGGAUAUCUUGAAUGAAAGAGAAAAAAUAGUGUCUUAAAAGGUUAAUAAGUAAAACAUGUCUUCUUUCAUCAAUGUGAAUAAAUAAUUAGAAGAAAUUUCUGAUUAAAAGUACACUGCCAAGAAAAGUAGAAUAAUCUAGGGUAUUUUUCCAAAAUGUAAAUAGUAUUAUCAGUUUUUAAACUGUUAUAAAAAGAAAUUCAUGCUCUUUGCAACAAUUAAAAAUUAAGAACAUAGAAAAUUCUCCUUGUCAGAGAUAAUCAAUAUGAAUAACUUUCUCUGUGUUUAUGGAUAUUGUACUGGACAUAACCAUCUAUAUGUAUCAGCUUUUCCUUUUUCUGUUUUAACUUAAAAGUAGGGAAUUAUGCAUAUUAUUUAAAUUCUCUUUGUGUAUCUAGAGACUAGGACUUUAGUUCUACUAUAUUUAACUAUACUAACCUGUAUUCAGUUUUGAUGAUUCUGGGAAGCAAACACAAGGUCUUUCAGAUGAAAGACAAGUACUCCACCCCUGAGCUUCAUCCCAAGUCUGUCUCAAAAUUCUGAUGUCUGCAUUGUAUCUCAUUUAUGAUUAAGUCAUAAUUCGCUUAAAGAAGCUUGAAGACUACUUAAAUUAUUUCAAGCUUCUAUUUGAUGUGUUCACAACUAAUAUUUUAAUGAGAAUGGUCCAAGACAUGUCUGGAUACUUAUCUAGUUUCUUCUUUGUGUUAAGUGCUUAAAGGGGAAUUAAAUAUUUAAAGAUAAGGUUUUGUAUUGUUAAUUCCCAUAGGUCAGGUCUCUGAAAGGUCAGCAAUUGUACCAAAAGUAUGUAUACACCUUAGGUUCUAAAGGAUUAUCUCACAUUGUCUCCCAAACUGUUAACUCAAUAAACCUCAGCACAGCAUGAAGAUGCAUCGCUGUGACCCAGCAUGCAAGAAGCUGAGCCCUGUUAGUUCCAGGCCAUCUCAGACUAAUGAGUGAAUUCCUGGUCAGCUUAGGCUAAGAGUGAAACUAUGAUUCAAAACAAGAAUCAGAAACGAAAUCACUUCUAUUAUCCUCCACUGAGAAAGCAAGCUGGAUAGUAGUCUAUAAUAAGCAUCUCUAAGUGUCAUAAACUGUAUUUUAAAAUGCUACACUGAUAGAGACACUUGGACAUAGUAUACUUUAUUUCUUCUUUUCUGGCUGUGUGCUACAGAAUUUAUAUACAUCACAUUUGUUAUAAUACUUGUUUAAGGUUUGAUAGAGUUAAAUAAUUUCCCCCUUCACUUUCCUUAUCACCAAACCUCUUCAUACAACCGCUCUUGCUUUCUGCCAGUGACCUCUCUCCCUCUUUAAUUGGGGCAAAUAUGUCCAUGUGUAAUUGGAGAGCUCUCCAUGGAGAAGACGAUUUCUCUAUCUUUCCUUGUUCCCCAGUUGCCCGUAGUGUUUAUCUAAAGCUGAGACCCUGCACACCUUCCCUUCCAUGAUGGUAUGUCCACUGAUGUCACCAUUGCUCCAAUCAGUCAGUCAUGUUGAUGAGACUUACUGUUUUUAUUUAAAUUACCAAUUGAUUUUAAAUAUAUUCAAACAGUAAAAAGUACUUUCAUAAUUUCCCAUGUAAUAAGACUGUCUAGACAUUCUCACGUUCUUUGUACCCAUUCAGGGUUCUGUCUGGUACCCCACAUGUCAGCUUAAAGGACUUCUUUAACUAUUUUUAUCAUUCAGGUCAAUGAGUGAUAAAACUCCCCUAGCAUGCUGCUGUACAUCUGAAAAAAAAAAAAAAAACCAUUGUAAUGUUUUUUUUACAGAAAUUGUCACUAGGUAAAAAAUUUCUAAGGUUGAACUGACUAUGCUUCUUUGAACAAUCUGUACUGUUCCUUUUUGGGACACAGAGAUGCCAUCCAAAAACUUGCUGACACCCUUGGUCUUAACAGUUGUGAUUUACUGACUCAAAGCUGCAGAAUUGAAACAAGUUGAAUAUCUUUUCCUUCAAAGAUUAAGUCAUCCUUCUAGAUUUGAGAAGCAGAACAAGCAACACUUGUCCCCAUUUGAACAUUGUAGCUGUAUUUUCACCUAAAGAAUCAUGAAUUUCAAUCAGAGAGACUGAUUUUUCUCAAUAAUAGCACUGAUGAGGAGGUGUGAGUUCACAGACCUCGUUUUGUAAUAGGAAGCCCAUUGUAACAACCUUGAUCAUGUUGUGAACAUGUCUAAAAAUAGUUUGGACAGUAGUGGGCUCCUUUCUGCUUCACCAUUCAUCAACCUAGAACCUCUACAUUUUCUUUUCAAGGAACUCAGCUCUACACUAAUGUGUUUAGCAUCUCUACAGAGGACUUCUCUGGGCACCUUUGUGAUACCUGCAUGCUCCCUCAGAGUAAUGUCUGACAUUUUCUGGAAUGUCAACAGUCUUACUGUUAAUAAUG